AUGCGGGGAGACAACGAGGAUGCUGAGAGACCCUCAGGGCACCAGGCGGGAACUGACGGGCUGAUGCAGGCGAUGGAGAUGAGGCUGAGGGCGCUGGAAGGGCAGCUGGAGGAGACACGGAGGGUACUGGAGGAGGCUGAGAGGCGCCGAGCAGAGGAGAUGUCAAUAGUGAGAGGGGAAAUGUUAACAGUGCGAGGGAGACUGGUGACAGUAAGAGGAGAGCUGGUGACACUCCUCUCAAAGCGAAGCAGCGACGGCACGAGCGUUCUCCCAUCCCAGCACGGCAGGGAGAUGGCGGCGCUGGCAGGCACGGAGGGCUCGCGAGGCAUGCGCAUAGGCAGCCGCUCUGCCAGGCCAUGUGGGGGAGGGGGCGGGCAAGGACGCUACAGAGGGGGCGGUGGCAAGGAGGCUCCGACGAUUAUGGCGGCUGCUGGUGCUGGGAGCGUUGUGAUGAGGUCAGACGGCAACAGGUGA